UUGAAAAAGUAGCAAAAGACAAAAAGUUUAUUAAAAAAUUAGACGAUCUGAUAAAACUUUUUUCUACACUCAAUGCGAACCAUGAAAAUAAUCGGACUAUCGCAUACUAUUUAAAUAAAAGAUUAAACAGUGUUUCCAAUCUAGAAUCUAUAUUCAGUAAUAUCGAAGCAUUUUUACCUGCUAAAGCGUUCGUGCCAAUGAAAUCAGCAUCAAAUAUGGAACCCACAAAACUAGUACAGAGAAAGAGAAAACUUUUGCGGAAAUACGACAACAAAUUUUUGUGUUACCUGCAUCAGUCUUGUUUUUAA